AUGACGGACUGGGUGCUCCUGGGGAUGAUUGGGGCGCUUGUUGCGCUGCUGCUGCUGACGGUCUUCGGCUUCGCCGUCUACUCGGGCCUCUUCACGGAGGUGGUGGUGAGCGCCGGCUCCCCGCCCGUCGGCAGCAUCACGCUGGCCUACAAGUUCCGCGUCGGGCCCUAUGGCGAGUCGGGGCAGCUCUUCACGGACGGCUGCAGCAUCUCCUCGAAGCUCUGCUCCAUCGGCGUCUACUACGACAACCCUCACACGGUAGCGCCAGAAAAGUGCCGAUUUGCCAUAGGCCGAAUCCUGAGCGAGGGCGAUGCGAAGCCAUCGGAGGAGCAGAUCAAGCAAUUCCAGAAGUAUGGCUUCAAGAUCUUCUCCUUCCCCGCUCCCAGCCACGUGGUCAUGGCGACGUUCCCAUUCACCACACCGCUGUCCAUCCACCUGGCAAUCAGCCGCGUCCACCCAGCCCUUGACACCUACAUCAAGGAAAGGAAGCUGUGCGCCCACCCUAGACUCGAGAUCUACAAAGAAGACCGAAUCUAUUUUGUGUGUCCCCUUGCUCGCCAGGGGGACUUUUAUGUGCCUGAAAUGAAAGAGUUGGAGAGGAAGAGCAGGGCUGCGGCAGCUGAGGCUGAAGAUGCUCAGACAGAUAUCACAGGGGCCGACACCAUGAGCGAGACCAGCUCUGUCAGCCUGGAGGCCACAACUGGCAGCAGAGACACCUCAGUGGCCACCUCCAUCCUGUCUCCAUUCCCAGCUAGCCGGGGCCGGGAAGAGGCCGACAAUCGGAGCGAGCACAGCUACAGCGAGUCCGGAGCCAGCGGCUCUUCCUUCGAGGAGCUAGACCUAGAAGUCACAGGGGACGGGGAGGGAGCCCCAGGCCUACUGCCUGAUUUGGGCUAUGCAGAAGACCAGGAGGUCGCAGGCAAGUGGACCAAGGAGCCUGUUGCUGCUGAGAGAGGUGAGGAGUGAAGCAGAGACCUGGCUUCCUCACCUUCCGUAGGGAUCCGAAGUACCGAGAACUGGCCGUCUUUCCUGUCUCCUUCUUCUCCAGCCAAGAGAUUUAAGUUACUGAUUCUUCCUGGGACUUGCUCUCCUUCUU